AUGACACCACAAUGCGAUAACCGCGAGCGUCCUCGUAACCCUCAAGCGCACCUCUUCGGAAUCCCAGGCGAGCUACGCAAUCUAAUCUACGACCACCUCUUCUUCGACUCGACCAUCAAUCUGAACGUCAAAGGUCUCGUCGCCCGUAAAGCCAGCCUCAUACUGACGAACAAGCAACUGUACUCCGAGACUAUUGCUCUCUACUACGCCGCCACGACAGUCACACUUGUCUUCGCUGUGAAGGACUUCGACAUCAAAAAACAUCAACUUUACAGAUGGCUCGGAGCCCUACCAUGCGCCCAUCGUCAGCUCAUUCCAGAGAUCAGACUGGUGAUCGUGCCGAGGCGGCGGCAGCAAGUUUUAUGUCGCGAUCACGCUAACUGGCUUGAAUGCGACUGUGUGGCGCUUCGGGUGCUCGAAGUGUGUGAGGGCAUGGAGGAAGAGAUGGAGAAAGACAAGAUCAGGUUGAGUGAUGGAUUGGUGCGUGUCCAAGUGUACAGGGGUAUGUCUGCUGGAAAGCAGCCUUGGUGGGGACUCAACGGAGAGAAAAUUUCGUGA